GAGCCGGAACUGCACGCAGAAAACCCCAGUAUAUAAACUACUGAGAGAGUUUAACACACAGAUCUGCAAAAGCUCUCUAGAGACCUUGGAAGACUGAGGAGGAGUAUUGAACGGUGCAGAGCAGGAUAGCAAAGCGCAGUUUUUUUUUGUUUUUGUUUUUUUGUUUUUGAGAAAUAAAAUCCUAACUUAAAAAAAGAGGUUACAAGGAGCACACACUUGCCAAUAAAAUAUAUAAUGUCAAAUUGAAUUACUGCUUGAAAAAGGAUAAGUGGUCAAUGUAAGUUCUUAAAUACUUUUUUUUUCUUUUUAAAAGGAGACCAACAACAAAACAAUUUUAUCUUGUUUCUAUAUCCAGGUUAAACACAGGUUUGCUAUUUUAUAUUAUAGGUUUUUGUUGUUGCUUGUUUAACAUGGCAGAUGAUGAACAAGCAGGCGCUAGUGGGAAUAGCCUUGGUACGGAGAACAGCAAUUUAAACGUGUUGAACUGGGAGCAAGUGCAGCGCCUGGAUAAGAUAUUGACCGAGACAAUCCCCAUUCACGGUCGAGGAAAUUUCCCUACUUUGGAAAUGAAACCCCGGGACAUAGUAAAAGUCGUGAGGAGCAGGCUGGAAGAAUACAAAAUAAACGUGAGAGGCGUGAGGUUAAACGGUUCUGCAGCAAGCCACGUACUGCACGAAGACAGCGGCUUGGGUUACAAGGACCUGGAUCUCAUUUUCUGUGUAGACCUUAAAGGCGAAGCUGAAUUUCGGACUGUCAAGGAUAUUGUUCUCGACUGCCUCUUGGAUUUCUUGCCGGAAUGCGUAAAUAAGCAGAGGAUUACACCUCUAACCCUAAAGGAAGCUUAUGUGCAGAAAAUGGUGAAAGUCUGCAAUGAUUCAGACCGAUGGAGCCUCAUAUCCUUGUCAAACAACAGUGGCAAAAAUGUGGAGCUGAAGUUUAUGGACUCCCUAAAACGGCAAUUUGAAUUCAGUGUAGACUCUUUCCAAAUCAAACUCGACUCUUUAUUGCUUUUUUACGAAUGCUCUGAAAACCCCAUGACAGAAACCUUUCACCCCACCAUCAUCGGAGAGAGUGUCUACGGAGACUUCCAAGCAGCCCUUGACCACCUGUGUAACAAAAUCAUUUCCACCAGGAACCCAGAAGAGAUCCGAGGAGGUGGGCUUCUCAAGUACUGCAACCUGUUGGUCAGGGGCUUCAGGGCAGUUUCAGAGCCUGAAAUCAAGUCUCUCCAGCGGUACAUGUGCUCCAGGUUCUUCAUUGACUUCUCUGAUAUCUGCGAACAGCAGCGAAAGCUGGAAUCUUACCUACAGAACCACUUUGUGGGACUGGAGGAUCGCAAGUAUGACUAUUUAAUGACGCUUCACGGGGUUGUGGAUGAGAGUACAGUGUGCUUAAUGGGGCACGAGAGGAGACAGACCCUCAACCUUAUUACCAUGCUAGCCAUCAGCGUCCUGGCAGAGCAGAACGUCAUCCCAAAUGUGGCCAAUGUAACCUGCUAUUACCAGCCGGCCCCUUAUGUUUCAGAUGCCAAUUUCAGUAAUUACUACAUUGCCCAAGUUCAGCCUGUGUUCACCUGCCAGAAACACACUUACUCUACCUGGUUGCCCUGCAACUGAAACAAAAAGGGAAAUGUCCUAUUUAUGUAGAAAAGGGGUUGAACCAGUUAAGGAUGUGUUUUGAUGGAUUACUGAUCUGCUCUAGUAUUCACACUUGAUAAACCUGACGUAUUAUAUUGGAGCAAGAUCUAAAGAAUAGGGAAAUUGGAAUUGUCUCCAGAGAGAUCUGUCAUUAUAAGCAUGUAAGAUUCAGCUUUCCCUGCUGAAAAGGACAAGGGGAAGCUUCAGUGACAAUAUGGGAUUGCUAUAAAACUCCCAUAGCCACUAUAAAGCGAGAGCUGGGAAGCCUAAUACUAUUCAGUGAGAUUGGGAAGAUCAUGAGAUAUUUUUCCAUGAUGCUAUCGGAAAUGGCCAAGCUGAAUGCAGUGUCUAGUCUAGAUCUGUACAUUUGGGUCUUGCAGGCACUGUGUAUUGGUAGGUCAUGAAGGUGGGAAGUGAACGUUCUUGCUUUAUUAGAAUGUGUGGUUUAGAAGUGACAGAUCCCCAGGCAUAAAAAUAGCAUCUCAAACUGCUGAUAUGAUCUGAGGCGCCCAGUGUACACAACUCUCAGUCCGAAAUGUGAGUUGUAGGGGGACAAAAAAAAAAUAUAUAUAUAUAAAAAAAAUAAGAAAUAAGCCUGAAGUGUGCUUACAGACCAAAGAUUCUUUUUCAUUUUAAAUAUCCAAGUUUGAAGAAAAAAAAAAAAAGUCCUAUAUUUGUAUAUGUUAACGUGAAUUAAAGUGCCUAAUACCUAUGGCAGGUGGAAAAUAAAAGUUUAAAAAAAGAAAAAAAAAAAUUCAAAUAAAAUUGUUUUGUGGCUUUCCCAAUGUUUUACUUUAUCAAGGACGACACAAGACAAACAACUAUAAAGCUUGUGAAUGUGUACUGUAUGUGGAAAAGCCCACAAUUUUCAUGGCGAGUACAAAAUGACAUGGGUUGUUUGUGUUCAUGUGUGUUGAGUUUAUAAUACGUCCUCAGAAUCUGUAGCACUUAGCCAGUGUUUUGUAAAAGGGUGCCGUGUGUGUUCUUGUUUUAAACCAGAUGUCUUAAGACUGGAUAUUUCUGCAGAUAUUUGUAAAGCUGCAACUAAACAAAAAAUCCCACUUGAAUUUGAAAAGGAAUGUAUUUUGCAACCGGAAAAUUAUAAGUUGAUUGAGUGAGCCCUAAUCUUUUCAUUAAAUGGGUAAUCAUUUUUAUAAGCCCGCUUUGUUCUUAUAACAUAUUAAUUAAACUUAAUCAAAUACUUGAUUUUGAAACCUGGAAUAUUUUGAAAAUGUUUUUGUAAAAAAAAAAAAAAAAAAAAAAGUAAUAAAAAUGACAUUCCAGAUGACACCUGCAGUUCAUGCUGCACUAUUACUUUGGGUAUGUUUUAUUUAAUUGAUUUGCAUUUGAUUCUUCAGCCCUAUUAAAACAUGUUUAUUACAGUUUCUCUCAGGUCAGUUGUUCAUAUAUAUUGGUAUACAAUUGCACACAUUUUUUUAUUGAUGGAAAACUGAGAAUCACACAUGAAAUAGAUUAUGCUGGUUAAAAUUUGAAACCCUUAAAGCUAACCCAUAACAGAUAACACAUAUAUAGCACACUGAUUAAAGAAAAAAAAAAGGAUCUUAAACUACACAAGAGUGGUGUUCUUAUUCCACCACAUUCUCAAGAUUACUUGGAUAGAGCCUACUCUUGUUUACUUUAGCACCUUCCCUGUGAAUUUUACAGGGUCUGUCAAAGCUAUUGAAAUGCCUCUCAUUUUAUUUACCAAGGUAGACAUUCUCACCCCUUGUUCAGUGUUAGACAACCUUGAUUCAAUGUGUGAAGGAAUCCUUUGCUUCCUAAAGCCAAUUCUUUUUAGGCUGGAGCUCAGAACUGAGGCAUACUUGUCAAGACUCUUUGAGGCCUCAGAACGGAAGGAAAGGGAGGGCUGGGGAAAUAGGAUCAGCUGGGGAUGGGGUAUGUCUUUUCUUACCACAACUAUUUGUAGUAAAUAUGACUCAUUCUCUCACAGAAGACACUAUAAUCUGCAGAACCACAAAAACGCUCAAAGUAAAUGCAUGCAUCUAUAUUUUUCAGGUGAAGAUAUUUUCCAUAUGAUUUACUUUGUGUAAAAAAAAAAAAAAAACGAAUUUAUUAAAUAUGUUUUCAUGCAAUAAUUCAUGCAGGGAACAGGGUCAAUUAUAUUUUGUAGACAUAGUGGUCGCUUUAGAAAGUUCUAUUCAAAUGUGGUGCAGUAAAUUUACAGAUAACAAUUACCACAGGGAAUUUUAGGAAUGAAAAGUAGGGAUAUCACCUGCUUUUGGUCUUUUUUUUUUUUUUGCACUCAAGGUCUUAAACGAGCCAUUCGUUUUAUGUCUGAAAUGUUCAGAACUAAAUGUUUUUAUUGUUAAGAUAUAACCUUACACUUGCAAAUUUGGUGCUACGUCGUGAAACAGUACUGUCUUUUUUUUUUCAGUGUACAAAUGUUGGUAAUGGCAUUUUUAAAAGCACUGUCAACCUAAAAUUUGCCUUUAAGAAAAUGUUAGUUAUUAUUGUAGUGAAUUCAACUGAAAAUACACAGCUAAAGAACAGACAACCUGGUGUCAAAGGUUUACAAGCAAAUUCAAAUUCUGUAUAGAUGAAUUUGCACUGGGGAUUUCCAUGCAUCUGAGUUUAACUCCCUCACAAAAAUUACACUGCUGCCAGUGCAGUAUGCUCACCGUUCCAUCAUUGGUUUACUUUCUUUUGUGUGUUAAGUGUUUCCUUGAUAUACUAUUUUAUUUUUAUACUGCUGACAAUAUUCCCUAUGACAUGCAUUACGGCCUUAUUUUUAUAACCCAUGGUUAUGAGGUAACUGGUUCUAAUAAAGACUGAUGAUUUGUUCUGUCAUUUGUAUGACCCUAAUGAUCAUGGAAUAAUAAUAAUAAUAAUAAAAAAAAAACUACAAAUAAUAAUAAUACAUUUUUAAAAAUUGAAAGCUUUUGCAUUCUUUUGGAAUUGAAUUUAAAAUUAUGGUCUGUUGCUGGGGGAGGAUAUAGUUGUGUAACAGAUAUUUUAAACCAGAAUCGAGCAUAAUCCUAACGUCUUAGAUGUUGCACAGUUUUGCCGGUUUAAAACCAGUGACCAAUACAUUGAGUAACCCUGCUGGUAAAACACAAGGGUCUUAUGUAUUGCUGUAACAUAUCUACUGCAAGUCUAGGGCUAUUGCCUUUACAUCAUUGAAAAGUGUAAAGAAAUUUCAAUGUGAAACCCUUUAGGUUCCUACUUCAUUGUAUUAUGUUUACACUAGCAAAUAAAAUGUUUCUUCUAACAGCUGCAGCAUGUUGUGUAGAAAAAAGCUUGUAUAUUAGUUCUUAAGAGGUCAGGGUGUACUUGGGGUACAUGUUGUGAUUGCAAAAAAAAAAAAGUAUAUAUUGUAUACUGGUUCAAUACGUUGUCAUUUUUUGUUGUUGAAAAAUAUACAUUUCAUUACUUCAGUUUUGUUUGUUUUUAUUAUCGACAUUAAAUCACUACUCUUUAAGUCUGCCUAUUACAGCAGCAAACUACCCUGGCUUGCUUUGCAUGAGUUGAGUGGACUGGCUGAGGUCUUUAGUCACUUAACAGCUUUAAAUAUUUCUGUCAUUGGUAAAAGCAACAGAUUGUGAAUUUUGUUUACGCCAUCCAACAUUUGGAUUUUUUUUUUUUUUUUUUUGUAAAUAAAAGGAAGUUAUUUUUUUCUAUC